UAAUGGGUUGCGGAUGUUGUACUGGGCCUGUUCUUAUUUGGGCCGUAAAGCCUGUUGGGCCGAUUCAUUUUGGGCCAAGAAGGGCAAAUAAGAAAUCUCUCUCCUCUUACAGCCUCCAUUCUCAAAGCUUGUUCGUCAAAUCAUCUCUGUCGGAGGGGAAAAUGCGGCUUCAAUUGAAUAAAGAAAUCACUUUAAUUCUUCACCCAAAUCAAAAUUCCCUCCAUUUUUUCAAACCCAUAUCUCGAAAUCUCGUUUCCUUUCAACAAGAACUGAUCAAACGCCGCCAAUUUGAUCGGUUGAGAGUUCAAUUCCAGGAAACACAAUCUUCAAGCCCUAGAAAACGAACCCAAGACGACGGAAUUCCAUCGGACGACGUCAAAAUCCUGGCCAAAUUCAAAUCCCGCCACAAUUUCAUCAGAGUUCUUGAAGUUUCCCGAAGAGCAGAGCACCCAUUUGCAGGUUCCAGACUCCUCCUACUCGAUGGCCCUGGUAACAUUCAUAGCAUCUCUCAUCUUUUCAAAUCACUCACAAACACCUACUUCGAUGUCUUCGCCACAUUGCCGCCGAUUCUGCCGCCGGGACCCAUCGGAAUCCUCGGAUUCGGCGCUGGUUCCGCCGCUCGAGCGAUCCUAAAGCUAUAUCCGGAGGUUGUGAUUCAUGGGUGGGAGUUGGAUCCGUCUGUAAUCGCGGUUGGGAAGGAGUUUUUUGGUUUGUCGAAGCUGGAAAAGGAUUACCCAAAUAGGCUUUUUAUGUACAUUGGGGAUGCUCUGGAAGCCAAGGUGAAAGGGGGAUUUGCAGGGAUUUUGGUGGAUUUGUUUAGUGAAGGUAGCUUGAUUCCGGAACUUGAGAAUCCGAAUACAUGGAGAAUGCUCGCAAGGUGUUUGAUGAAAGGCGGGAGAGUGAUGGUGAACGUUGGGGGCAGUUGUGUGGAGGCAGAGGACCCAAGAAGAGAUGGGAAAGUGGUAAUGGAACGCGCUUUGAAGGCAAUGCAUGAAGUUUAUGGCGAGAAAUUGUGGAUUUUGAGACUUGGGAAUGGUGAGGAUGACAGUUCCUUGGCGCUCACUGGUGACUUGCCUGACAUUGCUGCUUGGAAGAUGGCGCUUCCAAGGACUCUGAGGUUCUACCCUGAGAUGUGGGCUCCUUACAACGCUACAUAAUGAACUUAAACACUCUUUUUUGUAUGUUUAUGAUGAUCUGAUCUCGAUUCAGUUUCCAGGAAUGGAAUGUUUGUUGAAAAGGGGGAGACUAUAUUAUGUUCUGUUCUUGUGAAUCUUUGAGUUAUGUUAUGAGUUCUUUGAAGAAAAGAAUAUGUUUCUAU